AUGUCGCUACAACAGAUUAUCUGUCUGCCCAUCAACGUCUUAGAAAGCCUUCUGUCCUUUUACCUCAACUUCUACAUUGUGGCCUUCCACGUGAGAAGACUCAGGAACGGGGUGAAGCUGAACCCCUCCAGCCUCCUCCAGCUGGUCAUGGGGGCCACUAACAUCAGCAUGCGAGGAAUGAUUCUCGGGAGAGCCAUUUCUCUGUGGUUCCCGACUUAUCAUGAUGUAAGGUUGUUCUAUAUAGUUAUCCUUAUAGUCCCUUUCCACUUACAGUUCAGCUAUUGGUUGAUUGCCUGGCUCUGCACCUAUUACUGCACCACCAUCACCAACAUCAGACUUCGAAUCUUCAUCUGGAUGAAGAGGAUCCUUGUGUCCUUCUUGCCUCACCUGCUCUUCCUCUCUGCGGUUGUGUCUUUAAUCCCUCCUGUUCUGUCAGUCUUGUAUCUUAACGUCCAAAUCUCAGAUGACAACUCCACCCUCAGCAACAUUUUACCCGAUUUCCAUGUAUCCAUUCCUGACUCCGUUAUAUUGUUGGUUAUCUGUCUCUGUUCCUUCCCGCCCUUCCUGGUGACCCUCGGCGCCCUCGUGGUGACCAUGUCCUCCCUCUUCAGACAUAUCAGGAAGGUGAAGAAGAACGACUCGGGAUUUGCUCCUCCGAACCUCCAGGCUCAUGUCAGAGCUGUGAGAACUAUGAUAUUAUUUCUUGUCCUUUCCGUCCUCGUCAAUGUUGUUGAGAUCAGUAAAAUUGCGGCAUCAGCUUUGCUCUGCCAAUCUUUCCAUCUGAUCAUCUUGUUAUUGGUCUCCGCCUUUGCUUUGGCAGAAGCUGCCAUUAUUAUCCAGUCCAGCCGCAAGCUGAAGGAGAUGUUUCCACAAAUGUUCUGUGUUGGAGGAUGGAUGGGAGGCCAGAACUAG